UUAUUUAACCGAACAGAGGCUUAGGUGUUCAGGCCAGGGGUGCACUCCUCAUGUUUAUGGCUUCAUUCCUGACUUUCAUGGCAAUUGGUGGCUUCCCCUCGUUCGUGGAAGAUAUGAAGGUUUUUGAAGUGGAAAGACUAAAUGGUCACUAUGGCACCACUGCAUUUGUCAUAGGCAACACACUCUCUUCUGUGCCAUAUUUGCUCCUGAUCUCACUAAUUUCCGGAGCACUAUCCUAUUACCAAACCGGACUCCAAAGAGGAUUUGAACACUUUGUGUACUUCGAUUUGGUGUUAUUCACCUGCAAUAUGCUGGUCGAGAGCCUAAUGAUGACCGUUGCGAGCAUCGUGCCAAACUUCCUCAUGGGCAUAAUCGCAGGUGGAGGAAUUCAAGGGUUAAUGAUGUUAGGAUCCGGGAUCUUUCGGUUGCCAAAUGAUCUCCCCAAGAUGUUGUGGAAAUACCCCGUGUACUACAUCGCGUUCCACAAGUACGCGUAUCAGGGACUGUACAAGAACGAUUUUGAAGGAUUGUAUUUUUCUAGUGAUCAAACAGGGGGAUUGGAUGUGAUGAUCAGCGGUGAAGAAAUUUUGAGAGAUGAAUUUCAAGUGGAAAUGGGGUAUUCCAAGUGGGUUGAUCUUGGGAUAUUGUUGGGAAUGGUGGUGGUUUACCGGGUCCUUUUUUUGGUUAUAAUCAAGAUUGUUGAAAAAGUGAAGCCUGUCAUUAGCAAAUUCGUUUCUGUGAAGCCUCAACAGAUGACUCAAGUGAUGGAGAAUCCAACUGCUACUGCAGUUCACAUGAGUUGAUCUUUUUUUUUUCCCCUGGUAAAUCACAUGAGUUAAAUCUUUUGUCCAUAAUCAUUAAUCUCCGAGUCUUUCCCUGACGAAGGAAGACGAUGGUUUUGGCGAUCCAAUGACUAAUCAUAUCGAUACGUUUGUUGGCCUUGCUGCUAUGGGUGUUUGGAUUUUAAUCAGUGUGAGUUUAUGUUUGCGAGUAGGAGUAGGAGUAGGAGUAGGAAUGGGAUGACUCAUUCUUUGGCAAGGAGAGAUAAUAGUGGUCCAGGUGUCUGUACCUGGGAAGGCCACUCUGCUACUUCUAGGUGAUUCUCUUGUGUACCUGUGUUUCUUAUUUCUAUUCGAACACUUCCUGUACUUUGAUUCA